CCUCCAGCGGUGCUGCUGUCUGUGCUGGGAGCUGGGUGGGGAGCCCUGGGCAGUCUGGCUGGUGUUUCCCCAGCUGUGAAAUAGGGAGAUGCUGCUGUCGUUUUCGUGCAGCUCCAGGGUGCUGUUGCCCUGCAGAGGAGGCGGAGGAGGGUGUUCGCUGGUGUUGAGGCGGUAGUGGGAGAGGCACGUGGGUUUGACGGGCUGUGUGUUGAGCAGCGCGGCACAAGGAAAUGUGAUGGCCUUGGUUUCCCUUGGGCUCACACUUUCGUUUUCCAGCUCCAGAUGGAAUAGUAGGUCUUCCUUCCCCUCAGACUGAUGAUCCACACAGUAAUGGUCUCAAAGUAACAUCCUUUGUCUGGCUGAGAGUGGCUGUUUGAUCAACAGUAGGUGAAGGUAGUUCUCAUGGACUUGUGAUGAGGAGGGUAAGGUGUACCUAUGUUAAUGUCAGGCCACAUCCCUCUCCAAGCCGGGUGACAUAUUUUAUACUUACAGUGGAUGUUUACACGUAUGCUUUGCUAGAUCCUAUCAAUGAAUAGUAACUGGGUGGGAACGUCUUGCCUGCCUUCACAAACCUGCCAACAGCCACCUAACAACUGCAUUGCGCCGAGGUCUCUAGUGCAACCAUCCAUUGUAUAAACAUGAGAAAUGCCAGGAUUAUCUUCCUUGGUCGUGAUAAUUUUAUUACCUGUUGGUGUUUGAUGGGGCGACGAAUUCACUUUGUGGUUGACCCUCAGGGUUGGUGCUGCAUGGGCUUAAUUAUCUUCGUCUGGCUGUACAAUACAAUCUUCAUUCCAAAGGUCAUCCUUUUUCCUCAUUAUGAAGAGGGAAAUAUUUCAGUUGUGGCAGUUUUGUGUUAUUACUUCUGCUCAUUGUUUUGCAUAGCUUCAUUAUUUAGAGCCUCAGUAGCAGAUCCAGGAAAACUGCCUGAAAAUCCAAAGAUACCAAUUACAGAACGAGAACGUUGGGAAUUAUGCUACAAAUGCAAUAUGAUGAGACCAAAGCGUUCACACCACUGCAGUCGCUGUGGACAUUGUGUGAGGAGGAUGGAUCACCACUGUCCAUGGAUUAAUAAUUGUGUUGGUGAAGACAAUCACUGGCUGUUUUUACAACUGUGUUUCUACACCCAGAUCCUUAGUUCCUAUACGCUGAUACUUGACUUCUGCCAUUACUACUACUUUUUGCCUCUGAAAAAAGAAAACUGGGAUGUGUUUGUAUUUAGACAUGAACUUGCUCUCCUAAGAAUAUCUGCCUUCAUGGGUCUAAUAAUAUUAGGUGGAAUAAGUCGACUCUUUUACACUCAGCUGAUGGGUAUUUUCACCGACACUACAAGUAUAGAAAAAAUGUCAAACUGUUGUGAAGACAUAUCGAGGCCCCGAAAGCCAUGGCAGCAGACCUUCUCAGAAGUUUUUGGCACUCACUGGAAGAUCCUGUGGUUUAUUCCUUUCAGGCAGAGGCAACCACUGCGAGUUCCCUACCACUUUGCCAAUCAUGUCUAAACAGAUGGAUGUUGGGUGCAGAUGGGUCUUCCAUGCUGGAAGUACAUUACAGGUUUUAUGGUAAUGGGACUAUGACAGUCUUUAAGUCAAUUAAAAUCCAGUCGUAGGCAUCACAGUGUGCCCUGGGCAUUAUUUUAGCUAUGGUCUUGAUCCUGUUCUGAAAUUAACGCAAGUAAAACAGUCAACUUCAGGCUUAUGUACUUUCAAAUUGGCUUUCCAAAGAGAUUCCUUUUGUCUUUGAGGUUAAUACCAAAAGCAGACAACUGGAAUGUAGUCUUCAUCCUGUUUGAUACUGGUUCUUUUUUUUUUUUUCUUUUUUAAAAAUUUCUUUCUUUUCUUUCUUUUUUAUAUUUUGUGUGGGAAGCACUGACGUUUACACUGAUGAUUAGAUUUCUCACUAAGUGGCCUAUUCUGCCUUGAAUUUUUUUUAGGUUUUUAUCAGUGGGUCUGUCUGGAUAAUAAUAAUAAUAAUGUGGUUUUUUUCCUGCUACAUAUGUUUAAAAUUCCAUGAUUCUGCCAGUUGUUUAUGAUAUGCAAAAGUAAUCCUGCAGCACUGCACUAUAAAAGGUAACAUUUAAAGCUGAAGCAGAGUACUUCCUAAACGUUUCUCAGAGAGGUUUUAUAAAGACACAAAAAUGUGUGUAUUUACAUAGAGAAGAAUUUGCAGUUUACAGUUGUCUUUCGGCCUGGAUAUGAUGUUAGUGAAAAGUGUUCAUGUCUUUAUGUCAGUGAGAGGGAUUAAAUAUUUCAGGGUAAACUAUGCAGAUACAGAGCACGUUUUCCCUAAAUCCCAAGGAUUCGAAUCAGCAAUAAUCAACAAAGAAGUUGCAUGGUGCAAAUACUAGAAUGAUUACUUUUGAGAAAUAAAGAUGUAAUUAGUUAGCAUAAUGUACUAUAAAGAAGAGUAUAUUGUGAAUAAAGUUAAAAAUUUUAUAUUUACUUUUCUUUAGUCUUGAUUAACAGGAAUUGGUCUAAGUGUUUGUAUAUUGAAAAUAAAAGUAAUUAAAAUAUUUAUACAUAAAUAUAGAUUUGCUACUAACAUGAACAGUGAAGUAUAUUAACACAUUUAAUAGGGUACUAUGUUGAUGUAGAUAGCUUGUUGUUCAUUUAAGUAUGGAAGUAGUUAACCAAAGAAGGCAUCUUUCAGAUCUGGUAAAAUGAUAGCUAUUUCCAAAGUACGAGCUCGGUCUUCUUGUAUCUGGAAAAAUUAUGUACUUACUUUAGCAAUCUGUAUCUAUACAAAUAUUAACUUCAGAUGAUUAUGAAAAUUUCUGUGAAUUUCUAGGAGAAAUUCACAGCUCAGUGUUUCCAGUUAUGCUGCUUACUGUGUUUGAUACAUACUCUAACAGGGCUAGGAUCCACCUUAGAUAGCAGCCAUGCAGCAGGACACAAUUAAAGACACGAAUUUAGGAUUUAAUAUAUGUAUAUUGUGCAGAAAGUAAGUUUAUUUAUGAACUUCAUUUGUGUAAGCUUAUUUGAGUUACUUCAAAAAGAGAAAGGUAAGGUGUUCACAAAAAAUUUCUAGGUGAACUCUUUUAAAGUCUUAGUACAGUUACUGCCAAUGUUAGGUGUCCCUUUAGUAGAUUGACAGAUUUUGAUGAUCAAUUGAAAGUUCCAAAAAGUGCAUCUUAAAAAUUGCUUGAACUUUAAACUUUUGUAAAUGUAUAGCAUUUCAUCCAACUUUACUUUUUCUGUCCCUUUUAAAAUAGAUGCAAUGUUUUAUUAAUUUAAAUUUCAAGCCUAAUGUUCAGCCAUUUUCCUUUUAUUUUCCUUGUGCCAAUUGUAGUGAGGUUAGACUUUCUUUCAAGUGGUAUUGGCAUAUCGGCAGCAAUAUUUAAACAAAAAGAAGUUUGAGGAAAUGGGUGAAAAGACUGCAGAAGUGCUUGAAAUUGAAAGGAGUGUGGAUAUACAUAAUAAAGUAAUAGCUCUAUUAUUUUCUUCCCUCCCUCCCCCACUAUUUAAUCUAUAUUUUAGGAAUAUACAGGCAAAUAAUAUUUAAUUUUCCAUGCCAAUAUUUAAAUGUUCAGUGAGCAAAAGUUUUUAAUGCUAAUCAGAUACCAGAGCAAAUUGUACAGUUCCGAACCUUAUUCAGAAAGAGAACCAGGAAUUUAACUAAUUUUGGUAUGUUUAUUGUGGGACAUGUAACUGUGUGUUCUGCUUCUUGGUAUUACAGUAAUUUCACGAUUACAAGCCUCACCGUUUUGACUAAAAUUUUGCUCCCACCUCAGAAACGCGGCUUA